GAGAGAUUGAGGGAACGACACGACGGACAGUGAGGAACAAAAGAAGGGGAUGGGACUUCCGCGAGCUUGAAAGUCAAGUCAUCCCGGUCCCCAUUGGCACAGGAAACGCUCCGCGCGAAGGAGGAAGGCCCUACGUUGUAUUCGACCAUGUGGGGUGAUGCUCUGCACUCACCAUCCACUAAUUGUGUCCAGGAACGGUCCAUCCGAGUUCUAGAUCACCGGAACCAUCAAGAGUUGGUCGAUGCCUGGUCGAUGCUCGACGACCUGCACAAGAUCUCCCAGGAGACGCUAGUGAUAAAUGGCGCAGACGAUGAGGUGAUAAACUUUGUCGUCGGCCCUCUGUUUUGA